AUGGAAGCCUUGGAUUCAGCCAGCCAUCACAGCCCUUCAAACUUUCCAAAGAAGCUCGUGCACCAUCCUCACCACGUGAUAUCUCCCUUGGCGCAUCUAAACUCACCCCAAUUGGUCUUUGGAAUCAAAUUCGUUCAGUGGACACCGCCAGCCAGCGACUUGCCGAUCAAGAAUUAUCAGCUCUCCUGGGCCGUGUCGUCCGCUUCGGAAGCAAACGCGUUUGAGGAGAUGAUGCGACGACGUGCCACUCUCACCACUCACGAGAAACGAAGUCUUGAUGAAGAAGAAGAAGCUUGGGGUAUCGAAGGACGCGAUCCGCCACUCAGAGUGAUCAUCCCAGUCACACCACGCAAUCGGAGCUAUCUGGGCUGUUCCCAAACUCUGUCUAUAUUGUUGAGAUCCAUGCUUCCGUGGACUCCAGUGAAGGUGAGCUACACGGUGAGAAAGGAAUCAUCUUUGUUCGGACGCUGA